AUGAGUAGCCCAUCUUCAGAUGCCUGGUCCAGUGAUGAGUACAAGCCUCCUCCUGGAAGCCCGUGCUCCUCUACAUUAUCCAGCAACGUUUCAGUAUUUUCUGACACAUCGUGUGCUGAAGUGUCUGAUGAAGAGGAGCUAGAGCCGACCUCCACAAAGGCCCAGAAAAACAAACGGACCAAGAGGACAGAUGCGUGUGCUGAAGUGUCUGAUGAAGAGGAGCUAGAGCCGACCUCCUCAAAGGCCCAGAAAAACAAACGGACCAAGAGGACAGAUGCGUGUGCUGAAGUGUCUGAUGAAGAGGAGCUAGAGCCGACCUCCACAAAGGCCCAGAAAAACAAACGGACCAAGAGGACAGAUGCGUGUGCUGAAGUGUCUGAUGAAGAGGAGCUAGAGCCGACCUCCACAAAGGCCCAGAAAAACAAACUGACCAAGAGGACAGAUGCGUGUGCUGAAGUGUCUGAUGAAGAGGAGCUAGAGCCGACCUCCACAAAGGCCCAGAAAAACAAACGGACCAAGAGGACAGAUGAAGCUUCUAGAAACCCAAAGAAACCCUGGAGUGAGGAGGAGAGCCGUGGAGAAGAGGAUGGAGAAGUACCUGGCUCUGUGUGCUGUGCCUCACACAGGAGUCUGCAGCCCUCAUCAACAGAACCUGGAAGGACCUCAAAAUUGAUGCGUACACAGGUCCAGAGAGGACAGGAGACGACAUCUGUUCCCUAA